CUCCUCUCUCUGAACCGUGUGGAAUGUGCGACGCUCAGUGUGCAGCCCCCGACCCGACGUGAGGGAGCAGCCCGCAGUCACCAGCGCUGUCCCGGCUCCUUCACCCAGGAACCAGUCGCUCCUCCUCCGCCCGGCAGAACCGCGUCUCACCGGUCCGAAGGAGAAGGAUGACGAUGAACACGUGCGCACCUCUAACAUCGUAACGUCUCUGCCAACAGCACGUCGCCGUUCCUCCGACCUUGCUCCAGUCUGGAAGGUGACCUUGCCGAUAGGAUGUCCUCCACCUCGGAUCCGCCCCUCCUCUUCCUCACCUCACUGCCCCCCUUCCCGACGGCCACGCUCGGAGCCGAGGCCGUGUCCAAUGCCACCUCGUGCCAGGAGUGGGAGCAGGCCCACCACCUCCUCUUCCAUCUGGGGAACCUGUCCCUGCUGCUGGGCCUGGUCCUCCCCACCACGCUGGGCCUGCACAUGAUCCUGCUGCGCCUCCUGGUGAUGACAGGAUGCGGCCUCUUCAUCGCGUGGGCGACUCUGUAUCGGUGCAACAUGGACGUGAUGGUGUGGAACGUGGUGUUUCUGGUGGUCAACUUCAUGCACCUCUUCUUCCUCCUGUACAAGCGGAGGCCGAUCAAGAUCGACCGGGAGCUGCGGUCGGUCUACAGGCGGAUGUUCCAGCCGCUCCACGUGCAGGAGGCCCUGUUCCAGAGGCUCACGGGACAGUUCUGCACCAUCCAGACGCUGAAGAAGGGCCAGGCCUACGCCGCCGAGGACAAGACGUCCGUGGACGAACGCCUCAGCAUUCUCCUCAAAGGAAAGAUGAAGGUGUCAUACAGAGGUCACUUCCUCCACAACAUCUACACCAACGCAUUCAUUGAUUCUCCGGAGUUCAGGUCCACUGAGAUGCACAGAGGAGAGAAGUUCCAGGUGACCAUCAUCGCCGAGGAGAAAUGUAAGUUCAUGUGUUGGUCUCGCGAGAGGCUCACCUACUUCCUGGAGUCGGACACGUUCCUCGGCGAGGUGUUCCGCUACCUCAUCGGCAAAGACAUCACCAACAAGCUGUACUCCCUGAACGACCCCACCCUCAGUGACAAGGCGGUGAAGCAGAUGGACCGCCAGCCCAGCCUGUGCUCUCAGAUGUCGAUGAUGCAGAUGAGGAACAGCAUGGCGAGCGCCAGCGACACCGACGACGUCCUCAACCAGAUCCUACGAGGAGGGUCUGCUGGAUCGUCCCUCCAAAAAUCCCCUGGCACCAAAACCUCGAAGAUGAUCCCCAUAGACGAGGGCCUGGAGGACGACGUCUUCAAAGAGUCUGAUCCCUCCGAGUCUCCCCGUCUGCACAGCACGUCCACCGAGGAAGUGUAGCGCCGCGGGCGACGACGGCUCAUCAUCACAUGCACAUUGUGCACGUCUAUACAACAAGCGACUUAGAAGUUGUGUGCUUAGUCAAUUAAGUCACUGUGAAAACAGAAUGAUGGAAUCGAUUUGUUUUCUGGUUAGUGUCUUCUCUCUGUGCGAUAUGAGCAUUGAUCCACUUUUAUUAUAUUUCACUUUUCUUGUUUCAGCCAUAACCUCACGACACUUUCACAACAGAACUUUUAAUAGGACGAUUUUCUUGAGAAAGGAUCUCAUCUGUGUUCUCAUGUAUUCUUUCAGAAACCAGUGAACUGUGUGUGUUCAGUUGAAAUUUGGUGUGAAGUGUCUGUUUGCUGUUUGACGUUUUUUACACCAUUAAAUCUCAGAGUUGGAUAUUGUGACCUUGUGUGCUGUUCCAGUAUUUGUUGGAGUGGAGCGCCCCCCUGUGGCUACAGUGUGUUCCAUCUGUGCUCGGUUAACUCCACUGUCAGGACUUUUUAAAUAAAAUAUUUGAUCUCUUA